AUGUUCUAUACCGAUGUGCUUUUGAGUAAGCAUGGGUCAUUGGCCAACGUAUGGCUGGCAGCUCAUUGGGAGAAGAAGCUCACAAAGGAUCAUGUAUUUAGAUGUAACAUAGAGAAAACCAUUGGGAAAAUUAUUUCACAUAAGGUGAAAUUUUCCCUUCGAACUUCGGGUCAUCUUCUUCUGGGAGUUGUUCGAAUCUAUAAGAGGAAGAUGAAGUAUCUUUGGGAAGAUUGCAAUGAAACAGCUGGUAAAAUGAGUAUGACAUUUCGCCCAGGACUGAGUGACCUCUCAACAGGGGAUUUAGAAGCGUCUUACAGUGCUAUCACAUUGGAAGAAGAAUUUUAUGAUUUUGACAUGGAUACCAUAAACACUAUUGAUGCGUCUGAACACUUGACUCAAAACCAAAGCAGACCAGAGGAAAUUACACUUAAAGAAUAUUAUGGUAAGGAUCUAUCUUUAGAAGCACAGAAUGUUGGUGAUCAUGUUACUGGAAACCUCCUUGGCGAAAACUCUUUGAUGUGUAACAGUGGGGAUGGAUUUGGAGAUGAAGGAGCUUCUGAAACAAUGAUGGACUUUCUAUGGAAAGCAGAUGAGAAUUGCCUGUUAGAAGACAUGCCUUUGGAGGAAACACUCCCAUUGACUCCUGAAUCUCACCAGGGAACUUCUGGGAAGAGGAUGAGGAAGAAGAGGAGAUUGCUCAUAGAUCCAGUCAAGGAGCUCAGUAACAAAAGUAUAUGUGAACAGCUUAGUUCCUUUGAGGACACUCUCAAGCCUUUAGAAUUUUUACCUCCUACACGAAACUUAAUGAUGUUGAAGGAGAGGGACAAAGUGAGUACACUUCUAUCAACACCGUUUCAGCAUUUGGAUUCUGACCAGUUGAAUAAGUUGUUUCCAACUUGCCUUUUGCGCUCUGGUUUUAAAUCUGGAAGAUCAGUGAAGAGGGACUUAGAGCAAAAUGAAGAAAACUGCUACGAUGAUGUAAGCUUCAGUGAAAAUUCAAGGGAACACACAGAGAAGGCUCUUAAAGUGAGGGAUGAGAACUGGGGAAUGGAGUUUGGAGCUUUCAGGGUUUCUAGCAGUGCAGGGGAAGAAGCAAUGGGACAUGCUGAAUUUGUGGCUUUCUCUUUUUCCUUCUUCCUUUAUAAGUCUUUGCUCCCUCUGAGAGGACACAAUCUUUUCUUAACUGGUGUCAGUGACAGCUCCAGCAGUGGCGGCAGCCAUCCUGCCCUGGCCCUAGGUUUAAAGACUGAAAAGAAUGAACCUAUUCAGAUAGCUGACAGAACAGGCAAUGAGUUACCCAUUUUUGGAAAAGGAGAGGCCUUGAAAUCUGAAAGAUUUCUAAACCUUGUGCUCUGUCUAGCUGGGAAAUGCAGCUCAGCUUUAGCCACCUUAGACCCAGCUAAUGAUGAUAUUUCUAUUGAAGAAGACAUGGAAUACAACAAGAUGGGAAUAUGGUCCUUUAAUCUAAAGGAGCUCUGCAAAAACUGUAACCCAAAACAAGUAGCUGCCACGUUUAAUAGCUUGUUACAGAAACAGACCAUUGAGCUCUAG